GUAUCCGGCGCGAGGCGCCCGGCGCUCAUUGGAAGAGUAGGCUGCGAAGGGUAGGACGGCGCGAAGAAUCCUGUGGAGCGCGGGCUAGAUCGCCGUGGAGACACACUUAAGGGAACUCACACCGGAGAACGCAAAGCCGGCUCCACUCGGAUGAGCCCAGUGCGCACGGGCCUCUGACUGUAUCUGCCGCCGUCACCCCAGAGAGGUUCUGAGUUACCGAACAAUUGCCCGGACAGAAGCGCUGCCUUGGAUGUCUCUCAGUGCUGUCCCUGGUGCAGUGAAGCCUCUCCAAGCUCCGGGCUGAUGGUGUGGCCCUGUCACAAAGGGAACCGCGCACCCAGGCUCCGUCACUCUGCUGCACUCGGCUCCCGGGCUGCUCGAGGGGACGACAAGCGCGUCAGAAUUCGUGUCCCUGGGAAUUCGUCCAUCUCUGUGGUCACCCCAUUGAAAAAAAUGGAUGUGGAUCAGUUGGACCUGAAUCCUAGAAUUAUUGCUGCAGUUAAGAAAGCCAAACUGAGGUCAGUAAAGGAGGUUCUGCAUCUUUCUGGACCAGACCUGCAGAGACUGACCCGCCUCUCCGGCCCCGACGUGCAGCGCUUACUGAAGGCGGCCUCCUCACACCUGCAAGGAAGCAGCGUCUGCACAGCGCUCCACCUGCUCCAGCAGGAGGAGCAGUUCCCUGAGCAGCACGAGCGCCUGAGCCUGGGCUGCCCCGUGCUGGACGGGCUCCUCCGCGGCGGGCUGCCCCUGGACGGCAUCACCGAGCUGGCCGGACGCAGCUCCGCCGGGAAGACCCAGCUGGCGCUGCAGCUCUGCCUGGCCGUGCAGCUCCCACGGCGACACGGAGGCCUGGGGGCCGGGGCCAUUUACGUGUGCACAGAGGACGCCUUCCCCAGCCGGCGUCUGCAGCAGCUCAUCGCUCAGCAGCAGCGCCUGCGGACAGACGUCCCAGGGGACGUGCUCAGGAAAAUCAAGUUUGGCCACCAGAUCUUCAUCGAGCACGCAGCCGACGUGGACACCCUGCUGGAGUGCGUGCGUAAGAAGGUGCCUGUGCUCCUGUCGCGGGGCAUGGCCCGCCUGGUGGUCAUCGACUCCGUGGCAGCCCCGUUCCGUUGUGAGUUCGACCAGGCGGCCUCGGCCCUCAGGGCCCGGCGUCUGCAGGCGCUGGGGGCCGAGCUGCGCCGGCUGAGCUGCACCUUCCGGAGCCCCGUGCUGUGCAUCAACCAGGUGACGGAAUCCACAGAGGAGCGGGGUGUGGCAACCGGACCUCCGGGUGUCGGGGGAGAGCGGGCGUCUCCGGCCCUGGGCAUAACCUGGUCCAACCAGCUCCUGGUGAGGCUGACGGCCGACCGGCUGCGCCCCGAGGAGGCCGCCUCCGCCCCACCCCGCCGCACCCUGAGGGUGGUCUCCGCCCCCCACCUGCCGCCUUCGUCCUGUUCCUACACGGUCACCGCCGAGGGUGUGCGGGGGACACCUGGGACUGAGUCCUGCUGACGUGUGGCCCUCCCUCUGGUUAGGGUCCCCUCAGGUACCAGGGGCUGCGGGAAGCGCCCAGAAUCCAUAGCCUGCCCCCACCCCCGCCGGCUGCUGCAGCGUCUCUAUAGUAAGCAGCAGCUUCCUCCACCCUGGGCCCACGUUAGCUCCCGCCCGGAUGCAGGCCCCUGCGCCCCGGCCAGACAGGGCCUCCACCUUGACCCCCGCAGGCUCCGCAUCCCCUUCCCAAAGCUCCCAACACCCACGCCUCGGGCCACGGCAGGGCCGAGGUCAGACGAGCGCCCACUGGCCCUCCUCACCCCGUGGUUGGGCUGUCGGCUCCUGGCCGCCAGCACGCCCCCUGGCCCCGGUCUGGCACAGGGUGGAGAACACACAGCAGGCCAGGCCGCAGGGUCCGGGAGAGGCAUCGGGGCGGGGAGAUGUGCCUUGUGCGCUGCCCCUGCCACCAGCCCCC